AUGGAUGAGAAGAUAGGAAAAAUGGCCCAAGCGCCCAGAUCCGAUGAUCACGAGGUAGCCUCGUCGGCGAGUAUCUACAUCGAUCCCGAAAGAGAAGCAGCAGUCAGACGCAAGUUCGACAUCUAUGUUGUGCCUGUUUCGGUCAUCUAUCUUGUCAUGUCAUCACUCGAUCGCAACAAUUUGACUGUACUCAUUCAUUUGUCGCUAAUGGUUGCGAAAAUCAAGCUCGGAAAUGCCCGUGUGUUCGGUUUCGAUGAAGACGUCGGCCUGAAAAGCGGACAAUUCGGUAAUAUCCAGACUCUCUCAAGUGUCUGUACCGUCCUUUUCGAGAUGCCAUGGGUCCUGGCUACGCGACGCUGGGGAGCCAAGAGGGCAAUCGGCACCUCAUUUGUUCUGUGGAGCAUUUGCACGCUUGGUACUGCCUUUAUCCACACAUAUGGCCAGGCCAUUGCUUGUCGGAUGCUGCUCAAUGCUGCUGAGGCUGGUCUCGCACAGGCCUUCGCCUUUUUGUUCUCGACUAUCUACCCCCGUGAAUUGGCUGGAAAGCGUGUCAUGACGACCAACUUGGCGCAGUGCAUAUCCGGGGCCUUUGGGGGUCUUUUUGCUUAUGCCGUUCAAAAAAUGGGAUCUCGCCAUGGUUUUGCUGCAUGGAGAUGGCUCUUUAUUGUUGAGUUCGGCCUGACCGUGGUUAUCUGUGGCAUUGGUUUGAUCUUUCUGCCUGGCAAAGUUGAGGAGGCAUGGUUCCUGAGUGAAGAAGAAAAGGAGACCAUGCGUAUGAAGAAAGAAAGAGACUACAUAACCAGAGGCGAGGACAAGUUCGAGAAGAAGUGGAUCAAGAUUGCGUUGACGGAUCCGUUUGUCUACCUUCUCGGCGUUGCAUUCUUCACGUCAUCCGUAGCCAUCAAUGGCUUCGGCGUGUUUUUGCCCACAAUCAUCUCUGGACUUGGCUUUGCUUCUCUCAAAGUCAACUACAUGACGAUCCCUGUGUAUGCCCUGGGUGCUAUAUCUCUUUGCAUUCAGGUCUAUUACUCCGACAAGCUUAGGAAGCGAGGUGCUUUUAUUGUGGCUUGCUGCAUACCUGUAGCUGUCGGAUAUCUCAUGUGUGUGGGUUCCAGAGACCCUAAUGUCGGUUACGCGGGCAUGUUUGUCCUAGUGAUAGGGUUGUAUCCCAUCUCAACAUUGGCUGUUACGUGGAUCACGACCAACUUGGCCCCAGACACUAAGCGCGCAAUUGGUCAACCCUUUGCAUACAGUCUUGCUAAUGUCUCUAACCUUGUUUCUGGUCAGCUUUACCCCACCAACCAGGGCCCACGUUAUGUCCCGGGCAAUGCCAUCUCAGCUGGGCUCACCAUCGUUGCGGGAAUUCUUUACGCAUCAUGCUGGCUCUUGCUAAGGAGACGGAAUGCAAAGAAAGCAAGGCUGACCGCUGAAGGCGCUAUCACCAACGGCAAGGAAGGCGAUGAAAGUCUUGAAUUUACCUAUAUCCUAUAG